CACACACCGAGUCCAACCCUCGUUGUUGAAUGUGCGUCCAAACCACGCUUUCGUUGAGCACAAACUCAGUUCAAGCUUCCCACGCUGCCGUGCUUGCAGAAGGGGGUUGGGGGGCGGGAGAAAAAAAAGAUGGAGAAAAAGAGCGAAAUCAACGGCCACGCCAUGGCCGGCUCUGAAGAGCGCCUGCAAGGUAAACGUGCCUCGAAAAGCUUGCAGGAGAAACUGGUGGGGUUUCUUCGCCGGAACCUUCUGGUGAUCAUGACGGUCUCCGGGGUUGUGGUGGGUGUCGGGCUCGGAAUGGGGGUGCGCAACAUGAGUCUGACCAAGGCUCAGAUGACCUACUUCGCCUUCCCGGGUGAGAUGCUCCUCCGGAUGCUGAAGAUGAUUAUCCUGCCCCUGGUCGUGUGCAGCCUCGUCUCCGGCGCGGCCAGCCUGGACACCCGCUCACUGGGCAAAUUGGGGGGCAUCGCGGUCGCUUACUUCCUGGUUACGACCCUCAUCGCCUCCGGGAUCGGCGUGGCGUUGGCGUUUAUCGUCAAACCCGGGGUGGGCGCGGGCGCCCUCAAUACCAACAGCCUGGGUCUGGAGAGCGUCAGCAGCGAUAAGGAGACCACCGACUCAUUUCUGGACUUGGCCAGGAAUUUAUUCCCAUCUAACUUGGUGGCUGCAGCUUUCCGCUCUUAUGCCACUAACUACAAGAUGGUUGCUUCAGGAAAUGACACCAAUGGGACCAUCCUCUAUCAAAAGGUGCCCUAUGGGACAGACAAUGAUGGCAUGAACAUCCUGGGUCUGGUGUUGUUCGCUAUGGUGUUUGGCGUGGCACUGAGGAAACUUGGAGAUGAAGGCGAGGAGCUUAUCCGAUUCUUCAACGCUUUCAAUGAGGCAACCAUGGUACUAGUAUCCUGGAUCAUGUGGUAUAUCCCGUUUGGCAUUGUGUUCCUGGUGGGCAGUAAGAUUGUGGAGAUGGAGGAUGUGGUUCUACUGGUCACAAGUUUGGGAAAAUACAUAUUUGCUUCCAUCCUGGGGCACAUAAUACAUGGUGGCAUUGUCCUGCCACUGAUCUACUUCGGCUUUACGCGCAAGAACCCCUUCAGUUUUCUGUCGGGCCUCAUUACGCCUUUCACGACCGCCUUCGCCACCUGCUCCAGCUCAGCGACUCUUCCCUCCAUGAUAAAGUGUGUAGAGGAGAACAAUGGCGUGGACAAGCGCAUCAGCCGCUUCAUUCUCCCCAUUGGUGCCACAGUGAACAUGGACGGAGCAGCCAUAUUCCAGUGCGUAGCUGCUGUCUUCAUCGCCCAGCUAAACAACACUGAGCUCAAUGCCGGACAGAUCUUUACUAUCUUGGUGACGGCCACAGCCUCCAGCGUUGGGGCUGCAGGAAUCCCAGCUGGUGGCAUCAUCACCAUUGCCAUUAUCCUGGAGGCCAUCGGGUUACCAACCAACGAUUUGUCUCUUAUGCUGGCUGUUGACUGGAUUGUGGAUCGCACAACCACAGUGGUCAAUGUGGAAGGCGAUGCUUUAGGUGCUGGAAUCCUGCAUCACAUCAACCAGCAGGAGAUGAAAAAGCAGCAGCAGCAGGAUGAGAAGGAUAAGGGAGGGGAGCUUUCUGAGGUGCGGGUGGAAACGGUGGCCAACAUCCAGGCGCAGGAGGAGACCUCACCUCUUGUUAUGCACAAAACCAAUGCCUCAGAAACCGUACCGGAAGCCAUAGAGUCAGUCCUGUGAGCUCAAACAAGUUUAUUUUAUUGUUCUCAUUAUUAUUUUUUGUUUUCAUUGUCGAACUUGUUGACCUGUGUACACUGUUAAUGUCGCUGCUGUUGCGAAAGAAACCCGAGUCACUGAAGAAGAUAAGGCCACUGUUUGGCAUUUGCUGCACGAGGAAAAACAAAGUGCCACUCUUCUGUGUAGACUGUAGAGCCUGUAAGUACACACAUGGCACAGGUACUAAAUUGAUUUGUAUUCACUAUUAGAAUUGAGACGACAGACAAGGUAGAUGUGUGCCAAUUUGAAUAUUCUGUCCCUCAAAUAUUCCCAUCAAUGUCAUCCUUAUGUUUCAUCGUUCGUCAUGUGCAUUCCGUUGUGUUCAUCAUAAGACCAAAACUACUGCAAGACCUCAAACAACAAAUUCACAGCCAUACGUCAUCAUCGAAAAUGCACUAUAACAUUUAUAUAUGUGCCAUAUCUGAAUUACACCACAGUGUACUUUUAACAUAUGUAAUGGAAAAGAUACCAAAACGCAUUCCAUCUCCAAAUCAAAUACGACGAGUGUGGAGGUUUUGUUGUUUGUGCUUGUUCACAGAUGUUGACAUUUGUUUGCUUAGCCACAUGUCAAACAUUAACGCUUGGAAGGAGUGUGUCCCAUUUUUCCACACUAACUAGCAACCACUCAACAAGUGUUACAUUGACCUAUUUAGGGAAGCGAAAUACUGACAAAGUGGAUGAAAAUCUGUCUCUCGCGUAGUUUGAACGAGCCACAAAUAAUGGAAUUGGAUUCUCGACAUUCGAUUUUCUUCCUCAACAUUUAAUUGGCAUCUAAAGACAUUAAGGUUAAUUUCUCAAUUAAUACAGUGUACAAUAUCUACAUGUUAGAAUGUAUUUGUUACAAAUUGAAAGCUGUUUGCCACGUUUUUAGCUAGCACGAAUCAACAAAGCAAGCUAUCUCAGCUACUGUAUUUUGAUUGGCCUCGGUUAGAUUUCUGUUCGGUUUGUUUGUGAAUGUAACACAACAGUUAAAAGAUAAAGAAAUGGGUAAAAAUAGCAUGGGUGCAUUUUCUUUAUUAAGGAAUGAUGAUAAGGAAUUUAAAAGAUACUGUGAAUGACUUGUGGUGGUUUUGAAAUAAUGCAAGCACCUUCUUUGUUGAGACACAUUCUCUUAAGAAAAAAACAAUUUUUUUGUCAUUUUGAAAGUUAAAAAAAAUCAAACAAACAAAAAACAUUGUUUAUGUACCUUUAACUCCUUUAAAAUAAUAGUGUGUCGUGGCCAAAUACACUACAGUAUAGUAAGUUCAGAUUGUGUAGUAUGUUGCAGCAGGACAUGCACACAUUGAUCAUUGUAGGCACAAUAAUGUUCAUGUAAUGUUUUUUGUUUGUCUUUUUUUUUUUGGUACAUGCAAAACAGCUUUCCCUGAGGCAUCGAUAUUUGUGAGCGAGGAAGCUUGUUUUGCUGCCAUCGAAAACACUCGGUGUGGUGUCUUUCAAUGUUGAGUCUGUUAAAACCGUACAGGGUGAAUUCAUAUGAUGUAAAACGUAUCAAAUUAUUUCACUUGACUAUUCUACCAUUACCAGUUUUGUCUUAAGAAGUUGGAUUUUUCUAUCUUUCUUUAAUAUAGCUGGUGUGACACACAUGUAAUUACCCCUGGUUCUACUUACUAUCAUCAACGGUACUUACUAAAAAAGGAAAUCCUGCGCUAGUGUGCCUCACUUGUUAGAAACUACCGUUACUUGUAACAAUUUAAAUGAAUAGCUCCAGUGUUUUUUUGUGCCAGUAUCACAGUAAAGCUAUGUUUUUUAAAUUUUAUUUUGCCUUUGAUUCUGCUGUGUGUCACCAUUAAAAAUAAGUAAAGUUGCUUUUGUUUUUGGUCGA